AUGUCUGUCAUCCUCCGGCCCCUGAAAUGGUUCUAUCAUGAAUUCGGAAUCGUCUCCAUCCACGAGACUGGGAGAAAUGCGUGGCUCAUUAUCCUGGCACGGUCGUGCCGGAUGUUUGCUUAUGGUACCAAUUCGCUAAUAUUGGCUAUCUUCUUCUCGGCCUUGAACUACUCCGACCACCAAAUCGGCAUCUUCAUGACCCUCACUUUACUCGGCGAUGUGUUCCUGGGUACCUUCUUGACAUUGAUCGCUGAUCGGGUGGGUCGCCGCCGCGUGUUAAUGGCCGGGUCGGUCCUCAUGAUUCUGAGCGGGUGCGUGUUUGCAGUAUUCGAGAAUUUCUGGAUCUUGCUGGGCGCGGCUAUCUUAGGGGUGAUAAGUGUCACGGGAGGAGACUUCGGCCCGUUUAGGAGUAUAGAGGAGUCUGUCCUGUCACAGCUAACAACACCCUCGAACCGAGCGGAUGUUCUAGCUUGGUAUGUCACGACGUCGACGCUUGGUUCGAGUAUCGGCAGUGAGACUUCGGGGCGGAUCAUUCAUUUCCUGCAAGCACGCCCGGGAUGGACAGAGGUUGAGGCCUACCACGCCCUGUUCUGGAUCUAUGCGGUCAUGGGUAUCGUGAAUGUUUUGCUUGUCGUCCUGUUGACGGAAGCUUGCGAGUUGAAACCGGAUGGUAAGGGGGACGAGGUAUACGCGAGCGUUCCGCAGGAAGAUCGAGAUGAAGAAAGCGAGCAUGACGUCGAGCAUUCAAGACCGAAUGGGAUCGGCGUGAACGAUAUCGAAGCAGCAACAAGAGCAACAUCAUCAUCAACUACACCAGCACUACAAUACCAAUCCCACUCGCACUCCCACCCCCCAACGCCGUCCUCAGAACGGUGGACAUCAAGGACCAAAUCCUGGCUCUCGAGCGUUUUUGCCGAGAUCUCCAAACCGACGCGGCGGACCAUGUACAAGCUGUGGUUCCUGCUGGCGAUCGAUUCGCUCGCGGACGGGAUGGUGCCGUACUCGCUGACAAACUACUACAUGGACAUCAAGUUCCACCCGACCAAGUCGACGCUCGGCGAUGUGACGUCGCUGUCGUACUUUUUGGGGGCCGUGGGGGCCGUCUUCGCGGGCCCCCUGGCACGCAAGAUCGGCCUGAUCAACACCAUGGUGUUCACGCACGUGCCCUCGAGCGCCGCCGUGCUCUUCUUCCCCUUCCCUCCUUACCUCUGGCUCACCGCGGGCCUGCUGCUGCUGCGCACCGCGCUGAACAACAUGGACCAGGCGCCGCGCUCGGCCUUCAUCGCCGCCGUCGUGCGCCCCGAGGAAAGGACGGCCGUCAUGGGCAUCACGAGCAUGUUGCGCAACCUGGCCGCCAUGACGGGGCCGAGCGUCACGGGCGUUCUGGCCGAGGGGGACCGCUUCGGCGUGGCCUUUGUCGCCGCGGGGGUUUGUCGUCUGGUCUACGAUUUCGGCUUGUACGCUCUGUUCGUCAACGUCCAGCUGGAAGGGUACGAGAGGAAGCCGAAGAAUAAUUCUGGAUCCGACGAAGAGAUUGUGGAAAGGGAAAGGACACCACGAUUGGCGAAUGGCGUGGUAGUGCCCGUGAGCGCUCGCGGGCACGGACACGACGAGGUCGUUGAGCUAGCGAGUCUCGCGGACUCAGAGGAUUCCGAACAGGACCAUCAGCAUAGCCGUGAGGACAUUGACAAACGCGGGAACGGGAAUAUCAACAACCACGCGAAACACGCGGACGCCAAAGAGGCCGACUCGACGAUAACGAUGACGAAUCGCGUCGCCCUCCAGGUCCCCUCCUCAGACGACGCUGGGCUCGACCGCGUGCGGAGUCGGAGUCCCCACCGCUCGACAGCUCUCGACUGA